AUGUUAGACUUAUCAACUUCUUCCGAUGAAAGCGACUGGGAUAAUUCCUGGGGACGUCCGGGAGAUUUCACAGAUUUACCGGGAUUGAAUCAAGAUCAUAGCUACCCUUAUAUAUUCCCAACAAAUUGGUAUUCACCAGAAGACCAAGAAAAGAAAGAACCAAACUACCAGACAGAAUUCUACUCAAAUGACAUAUCGACUAGUUUUUUGAAUUCAGUUAAAACUGUUCCGGGAAAUGUAGUGGAAAGUGAGAAAGAAGAUGUUACACCUGAUUAUUUGGAUAAUUCGGAAUACAAUAAUCAGAGAGCCAAUUUCUUUGACUCUCAUAUUCCUAAUUGUAGAAGCCAAAGACUUCAGUACAAUACAAAGUUGUGUAUUGAGUAUAUCGAAGAUGACAUUUCAAGGAUUAUGUGGAAUUUAGAACAACAAUUUCAAGAAUGUGUUUUAACUAAGGACUCCAAAAGACAAAGAAACCAUGGAUUUAGUAUUGAAGAGGUUUCUGAAAUCGAUUCAGUUGAACAGAAAAAGUAUAAGUUGAGAUCCUAUAUCAGCAUUUUGAGGUAUAUUACUAUGAUGAUUGAAAACUGUGCUUCAAUAGAGAUGCAAUGGGCAAAGGAUGAACUUGAAAUGACAAAUAUGCUUCGAAACAAUAUUAGUGAAGCAUUUAUGAAACUUCAAAAGGUUAAUUUAUCAAAUGAAAACUCAAAUAACAAUUUUGGAAAGUCUAAUGACCUGCAAAAAAAUUCUAAUUCUUUAAAAGUCCGCAAAAGCAAACGUAUUCAAGCAAAAGUUCUUGAGGAAGAAAUUAGCACAGUGCAAACUGGUAGUCCAAAAAUUGAGCCCAGUGAUUUCCAUUCUAUUUCUGAUGAAUCAUCUAAAUUCUGUUUCUGUAAACAGCCUGUACUAGAUAAUAUGAUAAGAUGUGAAUCUGGAAAUCAGUGUAUUUAUGGUGUUUGGUUCCAUUUCCUAUGUUUAAAAAUAGUUAAUGAACCACAAAAAACUUGGUACUGUCCUGGAUGUACUAGGGACGAGGAAUAUCGAGCUUUAUGGUUUCACAUAUUUCAAAGGGAAGCUUUAAAAAAAUCUAUUGAAGCUAAUAUCUUGAAUAAUAAAAAAGAAGAAUCUGAAGCAAACACAAAGCCAAUAUUAUCUAAUUCAAAGAAUGAAAAGAAAAGGAAUAGUUGCAAGAAAGAAAGAAAAAGGUCAAAAAGCAUGGACGGAUGCCCUAAAAAGAAACAGACUAGAGGAAGCUUUUUUGAUAGAGAUAAUGAGGUACGAGCUUAUAAUGAAAGUUUUAACACAAACUCAUACGAGGAAAUCAAGAAAGAGGCUGAAUGCACAGAAAUUCUGCAAAAUAUUUAA